AUGUGGAUCUUACCUCUGCUUUUGUUGCUCCAGCUUAUCGCUGCAGGGGCGGCUCGUGAGGAGUCUGCAGCGACCUCAGGCUUCUCCCCGUUCUUCAGACGUCCUGAGUCAACAAACACCAGCCCUCGACCAGCCGGUGUUGCCGCUCCAGAACAGCGGUUUUCUCAGACCAGUGUGGGCUAUUACCUCGCCAGAAGAAGAAUGAAGGGCAAUAGGAAGCAGGUUGAAACCGCUACCAGCUUCAGGGACGCCGACCUACAGGCGUUGCUACAGCGACUCCGGCAUUCUGCGCUGCAACAGUUGACGACGCCAACCUCUGUGGCGCCAGAUGAGCAGUCUUGA